AUGUCUGGUCUCCCAACCACAAUGAAAGCUAUCAUCCAACCCGACAAACACUCCCACAACCUAAUGCUGACUGAUCAACCCCUUCCCACUCCUUCGCACCCCCAAGAUGUACUCGUCAAGGUACACGCAACCUCUCCAUGCAAAGGCGAACUUGACUGGGCCCUCUGGGCACCUGAUUUCAUCGGUGACAAGACACCCAUCCCAGGCCAAGACCUUGCGGGAACUGUUGUCUCCGCUCCUCAGAACAGUCGCUUCCAAGCAGGAGACCAAGUCUACGCUCGCAUCGAGGCAAAUCGUCCCGGUGCGGCAGCGGAAUAUGUUCUUGCCCGUGAAAAAGAGCUUUCUAUCAGGCCCAUGAACUUGAGCUGGGCUGAGACGGCGGCUUGUCCAAUUAGUGCGCUUACAGCGUACCAAGCACUUUUCGGGAAAGGAACACUGAUGACGGCUGCCCUCGAAGGCGAUGAACAAGCACGAAAGAAGAAUGCAGAUGUUCGUGUUCUGAUUAAUGGAGCUUCGGGGGGUGUUGGGAGUUGGGCGGUCCAACUUGCCCGGAUUGCUGGAGUGGAAACUGUCGCAGCGGUCGCUGGCACAGGAAACAUUGAUUUUGUGAAGAGUCUCGGCGCAACUGAGGCCAUCAACUACAAGGAACAGUCUAUUGAGAGAUGGGUAGAUGGGCAGACCUCUCGACAAUUUGAUCUUGUUAUCGACUGUAUUGGUGGUCCUUCACUUGCUCAAACCUGGUAUGCUGUCCGAGAGGGAGGAACCCUCAUCAGUGUAUGCGGUCCUCCUGAACAGAGUCGUCCCAAGGAUGUGAAGAAGGAUGUCCAUAACACCUUCUUUGUCAUUGACCCUCUGGGAAAGGAUUUGGAUCUCAUCACUAAGCUUGUAGAGGCUGGAAAGGUCAAGCCAAACGUUGAUAGUGUUGUUGGGAUGAAUGACUAUGCUGAGGCGUGGGAGAAGGCUGAGAGUGGGAAGGCGAGGGGCAAGAUUGUUGUGAUGAUUUCGGACGAGUAA